CUGUCAGUCAGAAAAGCAGAAGUGUUGGAGGCGUUUCAGAUUUCCUCUGCAGCCGGACUCAGAGCUUCACUUCGCUGGUUUUUAUGUUCUUAUCCUGCUCCAUCCGUCUCCCCGCCAUGAAACACUCUUGUUUUUUCAUGAUUGGCGCUCUGCUCUUAUUGGCCACUCGACUGCUGGUCAACAUGCAGACCUGUCCAGCUCCAGGGAUGCCCGGGAUGCCAGGGAUCCCCGGGCUUCCUGGCAGAGACGGUCGCGAUGGAGAGAAAGGACAGAAAGGAGAGCCAGGGGCGAAGAGCCACGGCGCCAUCGGCCCCCAGAAGGGACAGAAGGGGGAGCCGGGGAUGGCGGGAUAUCCCGGUAAACGAGGUCCGACUGGAGAACCUGGAGAAGCAGGGCUUCCAGGCCUGAGCGGACCUCCAGGAGAGCCAGGGGAUUCUGGGACUGUUGACCUGCAGCAGCAGGCGGCCUUCAGCGUGGCCAGAGGAAGCAACGAGCGGCCCGAGAAAAACAGCGUGGUCCGCUUCACCAGCGUCAUCACCAACAUCAACGAGGACUACGACACAGAGACGGGCCGCUUCAGGUGUCGAGUCCCGGGAACGUACUACUUUGUCUUUCACGCCUCGUUGGACCAGCGGCUGUGUUUGGUGAUGAAACUCGACGACACGGUGCUGGCGCCGUUCUGUGACCAUCGCAGCACCAGGAGACAGGUGAUGUCGGGCGGCCUGGCGGUUUACCUGUCCAAAGAUCAAGAGGUGUGGCUGGAGACCAAAUACUUCAACGGGAUGACAGGGACCACGGGCAGUUACAGCAUCUUCUCCGGCUUUCUGCUGCACCCUCACUGAAGCAGAGGUCGCAAAACAGGGAAAUCACUCCCGCAGCCUCAUUACAAAACACACCUGUAUUUCAGGCUUUUUGUCAUUUGUGUCAACUUUUCUGAAACUAUACUGAAAAAAUUAGGCAAAUGAAAACGGGAUCCAGAAACAGUUCUAACAGUUCCAAUAAAAGCAUAAAAUAUUGAUGGCAGUUAUUUUUCGUCUUUCUUUUCUGUCUUUUUUACUACAGCUCUUUUUUAAACUACUUUUGCUCACUUUUCUUGGCAUAAAAGAGAGAACUGAGUUUUCAAAUAAAGACAGUAUAAAUAGG